GGAAAUGCUGCGUUCUCCAUCCCACCAGACGAUUCCUUAGGUGCUGUUCAGCUGGAUUCACAACCUUGGGAAUCCAUCCAAGAUAAGACAUCAUGAGGAUGCAGGCUGAACCCGAUAAUACAAAUGAAUCACCUCUGGAAGUGGACCCUUCUAGCCAGCCUUUGCAGGAGGAAACCUUCAAGGAGCUACCUGUCAAGAAGAAAAGCUCAUGCUGCAAUGGGAUGAAGGCCUUCCUUGCUGCCCUGUCCUUUGCCUACUUCACUAAGGCAUUUUCUGGGGCCACCAUGAAAAGUUCUGUCACACAGCUGGAAAGAAGAUUCGGCGUUUCGUCCUCUAUAGCUGGCUUCAUUGGCGGAGGCUUUGAACUGGGGAAUUUGUUAGUGAUCGCCUUUGUGAGUUAUUAUGGGGCAAAACUUCAUCGGCCACGAAUCAUUGCCCUCGGUUGUUUCAUCAUGUCUCUGGGGAGCUUCUUGAUAGCAAUGCCACACUUCUUCAUGGGCUAUUAUGAAUAUGAGACAUUAACCCAUUCAUCAUCAGACAACACGACAUUCAAUAUCUCUCCGUGUUCAAGCAAUCAAACUGUUACAGGAUUAGAAGGGAUCCCAGGUUCAGAUUGCAAAAAGGAAACCUCAUCGAAUGCAUGGAUUUAUGUCUUGCUGGGGAAUAUAUUGCGUGGAAUUGGUGAAACGCCGAUAACGCCGCUCGGUAUUUCUUACCUUGAUGAUUUUUCUAAAGAAGAGGAUUCUCCUUUUUAUGUAGGCAUUCUGCACACCAUAGCAAUGAUUGGCCCAAUUGGUGGAUUCCUCUUGGGGUCUGUGGUUGCCAAACUGUACGUGGACAUUGGCUUUGUGGAUCUGGGUACAAUUACUAUAACCCCGACCGAUUCCCGCUGGGUUGGUGCCUGGUGGCUCGGCUUUAUCGUGUCGGGUGUCAUCAUUCUGAUUUCUGGCAUUCCUUUCUGCUUUUUGCCCAAAAGCCUGAACGUGAAAGAUGAGCCCAGGCUUACACAAAAGCUCCCAGAGGCUGCGCAACUUAAUGGCGAUGGAUGUCAGAUACCCAAGUCUGAAACUCAGGAAGCUGUGAAAAGGACAUUAGGUUUGAAAGAUUUCUUCAAGUCCCUGAAAAAAGUGCUGGGCAACCAAAUGUACUCCCUCCUGCUGUGCAUUUCACUGCUGCAGUUCAGUAGCUUCAUUGGUUAUAUGACGUAUAAUCCAAAAUACAUGGAGCAGCAGUACGGCCAGUCAGCCUCCAGGUCUAACUUUAUAACAGGUGUGAUCAUCUUACCAGUCGUGUGCUUCGGUUUGCUCCUAGGAGGGUUCAUCAUGAAAAAAUACAAAUUAGACAUAAUUGCUACUACAAAAAUGGCAUUUUUUUCAUCCGGCAUUGGCUUCCUCAUUACAGUUCUGUACUUUGUAACGAGCUGUGAGAAUCACAAAGUGGCUGGAUUAACAGUGCCCUAUGAGGGACAAUCAAUCCCGUUGCAUGCCAGUUCCAUAUCUUCCACCUGCAACUCUGACUGCAACUGUGGUGCAAACGAGUGGGAUCCUGUCUGUGGAGAGGAUGGAAUCACUUACGUGUCAGCCUGUUUUGCUGGAUGCAAAGACUUAACAGGAUCUGGGAAAAAUACAGUUUUUCAUAAUUGUAGCUGCAUUGAAAAUGAAAGUUUUCUGAGGAGAAAUUUCUCAGCAGUUUUGGGAGAAUGUCCAAGAAGUGAUGAUUGCUCAAGAAAGUUUAUAUAUUUCACAGCAAUAAAAGUAAUAAGUUCCUUUUUCUAUGCACUGGGAGGGACUCCUUUUUUCAUGAUCAUGAUAAGAUGUGUUCAUAAAGAACUGAAAUCACUUUCAGUUGGUCUCUUUAUGCUUUUGGUGAGAACUCUGGCUGGAAUUCCAGCCCCAGCUUAUUUUGGUGCUGUAAUAGACAGAAGCUGCUUGAGGUGGGCAAGAACUGGCUGCGGGAGCCGAGGAGCCUGCAGGUUAUAUGAUGCUACAGCCUACAGAUAUGCUUUUCUGGGUCUAAUGAUCAGCAUAAGAGCACCAUCCUAUCUCCUGGGAGUACUGUUUUACUGGCUUGUGAAGAAACGUUUUGGUAGGAAAGAUGCUGAAGACGCUGACAACAAACAAAAAGAAGCUGGCACCUUGAAUGACGACACAAAGCCAAAAAAGACAGAUGUUGUGGCAGAGCCUUCAGAGGCAGACAAAGAGACUUCCAUGUAGAGAAAACCACCAUCACACUGUAUUCAGACUAUUGUGUACAGAUAAUGGAAGCAUCUGGGACAUAUCAAAGAUUAAAAGAAAGUUGUUGUGGUGUAGUAGUUAGAAUGUCAAAUUAUGUCCAGGAAGACCUGGAUUCAAAUCCCUACUCAGUCACAAAGCCCAGCAGGUAAGCUUGGGGCCAUUCUCUCCCUUCAAAGAACCAGAAGGGUUUUCUGAGCUCCUUAAAAGAAGAGUGAGGCAAAAAUGCAUAGGUGGCUCAAGUGAUAAACUGUCAUGAACACAGGUUAUUUAACAGCGGUGUUUUGUUUGUUGGUUUGUUUUUUAAAAACUGCAUUUUAAACCCAAAUGUAUGGGUGUUUCUGAGGAAUAAUCAUCACUUGAUGACCCACAUCUGAGGGUGGCAAUCUGUGAUUAUUUCCUUUAAAUACCUCUAGGGUUGCCAACCUCCUGGUAGUGGCUGGAGUCUCCUGGGAUUACAACUGAUCUUCAGGCGACUGAGGUGAGUUCACCUGGAGAAAUGGCUUCUUUGGUGGUUGGCAUUAUACCCCACUGAGGUCCCUCCCUUCCCCAAAUCCUGCCCUCCCCAGGAUCCAUCCUCAAAAUCUCCAGGUAUUUCCCAACUCAGAGCUACUGAUGCUCUAAAAUAUACUUACAAGAUGCAUGUAAAUGUCCAACUGCCUGCUGUGUGGGUCAUCUGUGAUUCAUAGGUUUGUCAGAUCCCUGCUGCCAGGCCCUACCCCCAGCCACUGAUAAGCUGGCCAGUGGGAGGACUUACCAGGAGAAAGGAGAAGGACUAGGUCUCAUCAAUGGCAUUGAACCUAGUCCUAGACCUAGUCCUUCUCCUUUCUCCUGGUGAUGUCAUAAUGCCAACAAUGUCUGGGGGACACUCUAGUAUUUGAGCAAAAACCAUCUGGUAGAAGCCAGUUUUUACCAUAGAGUUUUUGCCCAAAUACCAGAGUGGCAAGGCCUUUCUCUUUCUCCUUGUAAGUCCCCCUCAGUCAUCUGGCAACCCUAGUGACUAGGGCUGCCAAACUCCCACCAGGAUCCCCUAGUUUGGUGGACCGCAACCCACAGGCACACAGCAGGCCGCUGGAGAGAUCCCCACCCUCAAAGAGCCCUGUCACUGCAUGAUGUGCCCUGUGUGAUGAUGUCACCCAUAAGUGACAUCAUCACACAGGGCACAUCAUGCCAGGGAUGCUCUAGGAUUUGCAGUAAAACUCUAUGAUACCAUAGAGUUUUUAUCAUGAAUCUUAGAGUGUCACACAUGAGAGGAGUCCCUCUGUGACAGUGGUGGAGGGACGUGGCAACCCUACUAGUGAUUCACCAUGCAAUCCUGUGCACAGCUACUGAAAUGAAGCAAGACUGGGAUAACUGUGGAAGGGACUGUGCUGUCAGUCUCUCAAAGCUUUUGUUUUUAAUUCAAAACCAGCAAUGCUCAGCACAGUGGCGCUGAAAAUAAAAGUGUUGAACUCUCA